CCAGCCUUGCAUAAUUGGGAGCAGACGAGGGGGCUGAAAUGAGAAAGCGGGGGUUGUUCUUCUAGGGGGUGAGAAAGGUGUAGGUAGGUAGGUAUUUAGGUACAUGACUGGUACAAGGACUGGGGAAGCGGAUGAGCUGAAUCGUUGCAUUGAGCCAUUUGUCAAACCGAAAGAGGAGUGUAAGAAAAUUGUCGAGAUAAGCUAGCCUUGCCGUCAUCCGUACAAGUCAUCUUCAAACAAACUAUACUGUGCCUGCUUGCGCAAAUAUUCGUCGAUGGACGAUUCCGACUUUGAUUCUGAGCUUUGGGUGAGCGGGGAGGAGUCUGAUUACGACGAGGAUGAUGAGAUUGUACAGUACGCACCAAGGGCUGGAGAUACGACCUUCAACCUCGAACUAACCCUAGACGCAGAAGCUGGAGACGUCCACACCCGCAACAGACCCGGGCAGAUUCAGCGAGAAGUGGCGACCGAAUUUUACGGUGGCCGAAAAAAGAGACCGGCUUUCAAUGUCGGCGCCGUUGCUAAAGCUAUCGUUCACGGGACGCUGGACCAAAUUUCAAAAACACCUGCAACACUUCUAGUCUAUGACUUCAAGUUUUUUUCUCACCGAUCCACCCGCAUUAAGGAUGCGAACAUCUCGUUUGAAUUCCAGGCAAAGAGAGGUAGUAACAGCCUGGGACCCAUGGUGACCGCAAUCGCACCUUAUGCGAAGCAUAUUAUGAUGAGGACUACCGAGACUGUAACAAGAACGAUUGGUGGCGAUGCCGGAAUCCAAGGUGGAUCUGUUGUGACCGGGAACGCCAGUGUUUACGGUGAGAAGUCGGUUGAGAAGAUCACAACCCACGCCGCCGAAGUCGUGGGAAACAAUCCAGCCGACGAGUGGAGUAACCGGUUUCUUGCCCAGUGGUCCCUAUCAGAAAAUGAUUCGCAAGCAAGCGGUAUAAUGUCUCUCUUUAGAGCUUGCAUUCUCCUCACACGGGAUAACGAUGAGGAGUUCUAUCUCUAUCCCACCGUUGGGGUGACGCCUGACUUGAGGACGCAAUUGAAAGCACCUCUCUGGGGAUUCCGGCGUCCUGACGACCCAAUCAAGAUAGUGCCAACAAGCACUGCAGUCAACAGGCUCGGAGACAUCAUCUCGAGCUCGAAUUUGAGCUCAGGGAUAAACAAUCUGUGGGAUUGUACCUUCUACACCACAUUUGAAGAUGCAAUCAAGGCUUCAAGGCCACGGGUGACAACGGAGGACAACGCGGAGAAAGUUAUGACCGUCGAAGAAACAAAGACGGCAGUACCCUAGAAGUUAGAUUAUUGAUAUACUUGCAACUUGUGAAAGCUGCAAAAUGUACCAACCUCCCCUUCAGAGAAGAAGAAAUAAUAGAAGAAAAAGGCAAAACUACCUAGUUGAAGGUUUCCUGAACUUCAACUGUGACUACACUAGAUCCACUUAUUCUGAGACAGGUUAGUUAGUGUGGUUUGAGAUGGUUCUGCACUGUGUAGCGGAUUUCGCUUCAUAAUAUACCCCUCACAGUGCGGGUAGCACUUUCUGUUUUACAUGGCUGAUGUACUUCAUAGUGGCUGCGAUGACUUCCCUCUUUUUUACUUCCUUCAUCAUCAUUAUUCUUGUCGUCCUUUGGCCUAUACACCUGUUAAGCUAUUUACCUACCUACAUAGUAUCUACCCAGUACAUAUUGAUACAUGGAUAUUCUUA